GCACAUCCUUCGCGUUCCAACCACAGUGCUGCUAACGGUCAGCUAGCGGCAGGCUGCGUGUCGUAGGUCGUUGUAUGACACCUUAUCCGCGGUGAAAAUAGUCCUGGCCCGCGUAGAAGCCCCCGGUACAAUUUUCUCGUAUCUGUCUGGGAUGUAUGGAUGGAUAGUUGACGGAAUAUCGUCGCUGUUUGAGCCCGUUACGGGGCAAAACCCCACCGAGUGGCCCGGGAGAGGUAACGCUAGCGAGGAGGUACCCACGCGACCUGGCGUGAAAGCGGGAGCGCAGCGGCACGAGACCCACUGUAGACCGGCUAAACGGAACUACCAGAGUGUUGAUGUUGCAGACGGCGUUUGCCAGAAUGACCAGGUAGAGGUGAAAAGACGCAGACGAGAUGUAGUUAUUAGCUUUGUGAAGAAGACUGUGGCCGGGGUAGCAGGUCUGCUCAGGCUGCGGAACCCGCUGACGACCAGGUGUGACAAGCCAAGACAUUAUGAAGACACACAGCCUGUUACUCUGAUGGGGAUAGAUGAGCUCCACACCUCAUGGUUGAACAGUACUGACUGGAGAAUGAGUAAACCAGUGGGUGGAGUGAAUGAGAGGGGUGGGAAGAAUCCCUUUCAGAGCUCCUCACCUCCUUUAAUGAGGAAAUACAGUGGGGCAGGGCUGUCUGCAGGGCUCGCCGACAGGGGGAAGGAGCGGGAGAGGAGAGGCUCCCUCCAGCUGCUGCCCUCCAGACCUUCUCUGAGGGUGGGAACUGCAAACCCUGAUCCAACCUGCAAUGGCUUUGGAUACAAUCGCUGCUACAAACCCAGUCUUACUGUGGAAGAGGCCAUAAAACAGAAUAAUAAGGAGCACUACCGGCGCUUGCUGGAGAUGGUGACAGAAAAAUACAGCAAAAGCCAACCACUUCCUUUCAACCAAACAAAACCGCAAGAUGAAUCGCUGUCUCAGACUGAUCCCAAAACUGCUGCUUCAGGAAAAGCCUUUGAAUCAUUGCCCAGGAAGACGGGAUACACAGCUGCCCCAAAUGUGUUUACAUGGAGAAAUGCAUCUGCAACCAAGGACAGGCGGAGUAGCUUAACCUUUAGUAAGACAUUCAGUGGAGCCUUUACGGACACACAGCCUGCUAGAUGUGCAAAGCAGAAACAGGCAGCAGAGUUGGACCUUUCUACAGAAGUAGCUACUCGCCUCAAUCUUGUGGACAGAGAUACUCCUGCUGUCAGUUUCCCCGACACACAUUCUGCACACACUGCACACGCAAGACACAGCGAUGAGGACAUACCUUGGCUGACCAAGGAAAUGGCAGCGGAGGUGAGUCACUCUCUGGCUCAGAGUGAUCCCAACCUUGUUCUGAGUGCAGCUUUCAAACUGCGCAUCACGCAGAGAGACCUGGCCACACUGCAGGAAGGCGGCUGGCUGAACGAUGAGGUGAUAAACUUCUACCUUUCCCUGGUCAUGGAGCGGUGUUCUGGUGAAGCAGCAGGAUUAAAAGUCUACUCCUUCAGCACCUUCUUCUUUCCGAAGCUGCGGGGUGGUGGAGGCGGGCAGGUGGGAGGACACACUGCGGUGAAGCGCUGGACCAAGGCUUUUGACCUUUUCCUCUAUGACCUCAUCCUGGUCCCUCUGCACCUGGGCGUCCACUGGGCAAUGGCUGUGAUUGAUUUUAAGUCAAAGACAGUGAAGUCAUAUGACUCGAUGGGCCAGAGACACGAUGACAUCUGCAGUCUUUUACUACUCUACCUUAAAGAGGAGCACAAAGCAAAGAAAGGCAGAGAUCUUGACAGCGCCAAAUGGACUGUUGGAAGUUUGAGGGCCACUGAGAUUCCCCAGCAGAAAAAUGGCAGUGAUUGUGGUGUUUUUGCCUGUAAAUACGCUGACUAUAUCGCAAAAGGAAGGCCUCUCACCUUUAAACAGUGCCAUAUGCCGCUCUUCAGGAAGUUAAUGAUUUGGGAAAUCCUCAAUCAGAAGCUGCUGUAGAGGAUUGCAACAAUCUCAAUGAAUGGCCUAACAACAUAGACUUUCUCAAUGGGAGAAGCACUUGUGUCCAGUAACUACGUGGUGAAUAAAAAUAAAUGAAUGGGCCAAAGAAGUGAACUUUACUGACUGAAAUCUAACCCAGUCUAGCUGUUCUGGUCAGGAGAAAUCAAACACUAGUCUUAAGAGUUGAUUAUGUCUCUUUCCCUGUUGGGGACAUGUUAACAAUUUAUAAUCUCUGAGUUGUAAUUGGAGACAUUAUUAGGAUGUAAGAAGUGUAUGUCUUAAACAAGCUUUGGCACUACUGACUGAAUGGCUUUUUGUAAUUGACCUGCUGUUUGAAGUUCUGCCUAAAGUGCCUUCAGCCCUCUGACACUGAGCUCAACUUGGAGCAUGCUUUUGUAUAUUUUGGGAAAUUACUUGGUCACAUACAAUUCAAAGUAAUUUCUUCAUUGAAUUAGAUUGUCACUGGUCAGUGAUAUUUAGGUCUAAUUUGGCUGUUCCUGCCCAAUUAAAAUGAAAUGAGUGUACAGCAACUAACUCCAAUGCUAUUUGUUAUGACACUCAGUUGCUCUAGAAAAUAUAGAAAGUGAUAAUCAAAACCACAUCAGAACAAAAAUGCAUGGUUGAGUGCUUGUAGUAUGUUUGUGUUGCUAUUAUUUAUGACUUGACUGGAUGUUUUUGGAGUGUGUAUAGUUUGUUUUUUCUCCACAAGUGGAGCAGUGAUUUCUUUGUGUAACAUAAGGCGCUGUAGGUCUGUGAAUCUUUUCUAUGAGCAUACUGCAAGAGGCUACUAGGGCUAUUACAUUGACUUACAGUGUACUAUACUUCAUAGCAAACUACUGUACACACAUGCAUGUUUGAGUUCAUGCUUUAAAGAUGUGAUUUUUUUUUUUUUUCGCCCUCCUGUAAUAAAGUAUUUCAUUUUUUAA